ACGUCGCCCAGGCAAUGGGCAUGCCUUGGCUGGGAGAUCUGUGUGCGUAGCAAUCAGGGCAUGAGUUGAUGAUCAUGUCGGGCCUGGAACUCCGUGGUAGGUCGCAAUGUCCACAAAGCCAUGAUGCGACCAUGGACCCGGGAUCGUCCACCCGCCCCUAUCCACAGGCUCGCGCGUCAUUUGACAAUCUUUACAAUGACGGUCCAGACUCCCGAGGUCCUGUUCCUUCCUUUAGCCUUCUAUUGGGCUUCCCCAGCCAGGCACCCGCCCCGGCUGCCCGGGAGUGGCCGCCGCCGGCCCGCCUUCUGCAGCUACACCAGUACCACUUUCUACAGUCACGGUGGACGGCCUCGCUGCUCCCACUCCACCACUACCGAAGAGCCGUGUGCUCGACUGUUCCCGUGACGGAUUGUCGACAUCCGUCGAUCCAGAGCCUGAGCCCACAUGCAGGCAGGACCCUAAAUGCCCCGGUGCUCCGCCAAGCUUCGCAGCGGAUUGUUGAAACAUGCUGCCAUACGAGCAGGUCGUGCGAGUCUAUUGUACACAGCCCAAACCACCCUCGGGAGUGGUCAGCAUAGCGUCGUCACCUAUGCACCAUGGAUUUCACAUUCAGCGUUGUCCCUACAAAUCUGGUCAAGACUCCUGGCCAGCUCGAUCCUCCACGUAUCGAUUGAUCACC